CUCGGGGGCAGCCCCUUCGGACGGGGUGAUCUCAGUACCAAAGAGGGGUUCUCUGUGCGAGAGGAAUCGUUGAGCUAGACGGAGGGGGGUGUGGCACGAAGCUCACGCCGGGGGCUGAGGGUCUCUAACUCCCGUGCGUCUGUGUGAGGGCAGAGGCAGGCUGAGCUCGCAAGCAAGCUACUGGCCGGUGCAUUUCAUUUCCACCGAGUCUUCUGAAACUGUUCAUUUCUGUUGGGACAUUACGUGAAAUAUCAACACUUCCACUUGGAUCAACUAAGGUUGGUGCUUUAUUAUCCUAAGUUUGGCCUUGGCCUGGAAUAAAUGGCAGACAAUGUCAUCAACUAACAACAUAGCACAAGCACGGAAACUGGUAGAACAGCUGAGGAUUGAGGCAGGCAUUGAGAGAAUCAAGGUAUCCAAAGCUGCUGUAGACCUUAUGAAUUACUGUGAACAGCAUGCCCGGAAUGAUCCACUGAUUCUUGGAGUCCCAACGUCUGAAAAUCCUUUCAAGGAGAAAAAGCCCUGCAUCAUCCUAUAGCUUUGCCCAUAAUGUAUGAAGCACAGCGCAUUAAAAGCCAAUUUGCGAUUGCCAACAUUAUUAAAUACUCUAACCAGUGAAGAGGUGUUUAAAUAAGGAUUGUACUUAAAACUACAGUUGAACCAGUGUUUGCAAAUCUAACAAAGGGGAUUUAGAAAUUUAGUCAAUGCCAAUGAAAAUUAAGUUCAUCAGAUUAAGAAGGGGAUGAAUUUUCUCAUGAAUGUGCUUUCUCAUUUGUCUAAAGUUUGAUUGAAAUAAGUAGAUAUAUUUGUUGUGGUGGGAGGGAGGGAAAAUGUCAGAUUACCUUUCUGGUAGAAAUCCCAGUUAAAUGUAAUUGUAUAAUAUAUACACCUUCAAUUUGAAGGAAUUUUCAAAUACUUAACACAGAAUUGAGACCCUCAAUUGAAUGUCCAACUAUUGAAACAUCAAAUAUGAAGAAGUUUAUCCCCUUAAAGUACAUUAUCAAGCUUUGUAAAUAAGGUCAAUUUUAAGUUACUCUGCUUAUUUGAUCAGUACUGGGUGUAUUAGUUUUAUUAGUAAGUUUGAUUAAUUUAGCUCAGUGAUAGGAUUUUUGUGAAACUAUAUCUUCCCAAACAUCAUCUAUUUUAAUCAAUGUCAAAAACCUGUUUUAGAAAAUUGAACAUUGUGCAGCAAUGUUUCCAGAGUGUAGCUUAUGGUAGAUCAAAAGUAAUAGAACCUUUAGUGUUAAAGAUUUGUCUUUAGGUUAUGUGUACAGAAUAAUUUUUCAGUGUCUUGAUUUACACUGACAAUUGCUAAUUAAUAUAGAACACUACAUAUAUGGCAUCAGUAUUGGUUCAAAUUUGUAUUACAUAGUGCUCUAGUGCAUUUGGCAGUUUGAUUUUUUAAGAGGUGGAAGGAGGCAUAACAAACUCAUCACCGACUUAAACUGGGUGGGAAAGCAGUGUAUGUUGCACCUAAUACUGUAUAUUUUCUUCAGGUAAUUUAAAAUCCUGCAUAGUAAAUGAUAAAGGAAUAAAUAGUAAACAUCAACUGGUCUUUUGGCCCUUUGGCAAAUCGGAUUUUUUAAUUGGCUAAGAUUUGUAUGAAUUGUGAUUUGAAGAAGUUAUUAAAACAGUUUCUUGGACUGUGGAAGAAGCUAUUAAAUUUGAGAAAAUUCUUCAGAUGAAUUCAGCAAUUUCAACUGACUCUAUUUCAGAAUUUGUACAAAAAAGUGGGUACAGUCUACAAAAUACCUGAUCAACACUUCAGUGCUUGUCUCCUAAUUGUUAGUCAAGUUGAAUAGUGUAAGAGCAACUUAAUUCUGCUUGCCAUAUCAGGCUGGAAUGAGAAAAGUACUAGUGCCAACUGGGAUUUUACUCUGUACUUGCUGUAAACUUUUAUAAUUCCUAAUUUGAAAGUAAAAUAUUUAUACAACAGUAGUAACAUACAUUUGUAAGUUAGUUUUCCUGUAUCUUUUGAAAAAGGCUUUCCUUCUGAUUAUAACUGCCAAAUGUAAAUGAUAUCUACCCAGAUAGUGAAUUUUCCUGUGGUAUAAAAUUAACUACCUGGUAAUGCUGCAUGAUUUUAAUAUACCUUCAGGUCCUACCUCAUCCAACAGGGAAAAGCCUUUGUCCUAUCAAAGCUGAAAGGCUUCCACAUUUUAAAAAAACGGACUAGUGUUAAGGGAAAAUUGAAAUGGAAAUUCACUGUCUUUGUACAUAUUAUGUGUCAUCCAAAAUCUGUGUAUCUUAAAAUUUAAGUUUUUGGGUACAAGAGACAACAAAACAACCUGCCUGAGUUUAAAGUUUGUUGUGUCUUCUAACUGUUCAGCCUGCAUUUUGCACUAGGAUUUAUUAAUCUCUUAUUUCAGUAUCCAUAAUAUAUUCAGAUAAAAACUCAAAUUGUCUGGACUCUUUGCAAAUUAAGUGCAUUAGAGAUUACAAUUCCACCAAGGUGCUUGGAUGAAUAUUAUUCUGAAAUCCCAACCUAAAUUUAUUGCAUUACUUCAACUUGGUGCUAUUUAUAUUUUGAAAAAUACAUAGCAUACAUAUCUGCUUGGUUCCAUACUUAGUAGCAGAACAGUUGGAGGAUCAUUUUUAUUGUUUAGAGUGUCAGCUUUGGUGAAAAAGCCACUAUUUAUUGCCCAUCCAUUUUCCCUUGAGAGGUGAUGAUAAGCUUCCACCUUGGUAAAGAUACUGCCAUAUUGGGAGAUAAUUCCAGAAUUUAGACCCAAUUCUCAUCAAGGACUGGGGAGAUUUACUAGGUCAAGAUGCUGUGCAGCUUGUAAAGAUCUGCAGCUAGUGGUGUUUCUAUGUACUUUCUGCCCCCAGACUUGAUGGUGGAUGUUAUGGGUUUAGGAGAUGAUAUUGAUUAUGGUAGAUGAGUAGCUAUUGUGCAUUUUGUGAAUGCAGCCACAAAGCAUUGAUGCUGAAUGGAUGGAUGGGCUGGCAAUCAAGUGAGCUGUUUUGUCUAAUAUUCUGUCAUGCUCUUGGAUGUUACAGUUGCACUGAUCCAGGCAAGUGCAAACUCAUCCAUUAGGUUCUGACUUGUGCCUUGUAAUAGAUUAUCUUAAUUACUGAGCCCUUUCCUACCUGGGAAAGUACACUUCAACUGUGCCAUCUCCAGUCACUGUGGCUAAUUAAAGUGUUGAGGAUAUUAGUGCCAUCAUCUUCCUCUCCUUCAUCCUUGUAAUCUGGUAAAACUUUAAUCAAUACAGCACCAAAACUACUUUAAAGAUGCGAAAUGUUUUAUAAAACCAGAGAAGACCCUUUUGACAAGCAUUUACUGCUAUAUCUUCUAAGUAUGAAUGUAUGAUUGAUUUUGGUUUUAGUGAUCUGUUUACCAGAAGUAAUCAUCUGCAUCAUCAAAUUCUGUGUUUAUGUCUCUAUGAAAAGUAUCUGACUCAGCACCGAGAAAAAUCAAAUAUGGUAUAAACAUAAAAAUAACCCACACAAACUUCCAUUACUAAGUUGCUGUUAGAAAUGUUUUUUUU